CAGUCGCCAUCUUGUCGCGGACGAGCGUCAGGAUUUCGGGAGAGCAUUAAUUCAUUUUUUACGCACCCGGAUCCGUCAGAACCGGCCCACCUAUCUUCUCUGCGACGACAUCGACCAGCUCCGGGCCAAACCGAGGAUAUUUGUGGGGAAUAUAAGCGGAAUGGAGCCGUUUUUGUGGUCGGAUGGAAAGCCCCUGCAUGUCUGAUUUUCCCCUUCAGCGCGAGCGGCGCUCCUGUGCCACUCGCAGAUAUUAAAAUAUAAUUAUUUCCUCUCGUUUUCCAUUCGUAUUUACGGACUUCGUUUGUUAUUCGAUUCGAGUUGGACAUGGAGCUCGAAGGUCUUUAUUUUUAUUCGCAGAAAAAAGCCUUUUUGAAGAGACCCACACGGACCACUUGAAGGAAUCGGAGCAUCGAUGUUUUUUCCUCGUCGUUUGUUUUCGGUUUUAACGAUGAUAUAAUUGAUUUUUGGGGGGUUUGGGGCGAUCAUUAAGGUUAAUUAUGCGGGUUUUGGGUGUUGGAUUAUCAUGGGGUGACUGGCGGUGGCGGAGCGGGGCGCUGUCGAGUCGCUGUUAAUUAUUGGCUCCUGAUCGCUGAAUAAUAAUAGAAAACCCGAGGGUUGAUUUGAUUUAUUUUGCUUUGUCCCCCUCUCCUGCGUUCUGGGAAGACGCAUUUAUUGCUUUUACGCGUUUUUUGUCAAGUAAGGCAACAGAAUGACGGAUAAUCUACUGAAUAUGGCCCCCCCGAACGCAAAGCGGCCCAAACUCAACUCACCUGCGCUGUCCUCCUCCGACACUCCAGACUUUGUGUCCCUGUUCGACUUGGAAAAUGAUCUUCCAGAUGAGCUGAUACCCAAUGGAGACCUUGGGCUUAUGUCCAUGUCCUCUAACGGGGAUGGAGGGGUGGGAGGCCGGAUGGGGGGCACUGUCCUAGACGCUGCUGCCAAACACAAGCAGCUGUCCCAGCUCCUGCAGGCAGGGAGCGGCCCCAGUCUAGCCGGAAACCUCAGCUCCAUCAGCCCUCAACCUGGAAUGAAUCAACUGGGUGCUUUGGGGAAGAGUCCGAUGGGCCAGGGCUCACCUGGUCACCAAACUCAGCCUCCGAAGCCUGUCGGCACUCCUACCGGUCAGGGCAACAAUAGUCCGGGGAUGGGUCUCAAUGCUGGCUUCAACCAAGCCAUGCUGAACAACAACAACCAGACUCAUGGACUCAUGGGGCAGAACAUGGCUCCACAGGGGCAGAUCAUGAAUGGCAUGAUGGGGCCAGCCGGAAGAGGAAGGCCGGCCCCAGGAAUGCAGUACCAGGGCCAGGCCAUGCAGGGGGCACAAGUCGGAGGCGGUGCCAUGCCAGGGGUCAGUGUUUCUGGCAGCGUACUCGCUGAGACGCUUACCCAGGGUGCACCACAGAUAGGGUCACUCAACACCAUCAACCACCAGCAAGCGGGAAACAUGAACAAGAUGGGUCUUGCGACCGCUAACGGCCCAUUCGGGCAGCAAUACGCACAGAGCUCAGUCCAACAGAUGACCGGUGCUGGGAUGAACGCACAGCUCCAGAACAAGGCAGCUCUCUCCAACAGCCUUCAGCCCACCUUGAAGGGUGCUUCCAGUGUGCCAAAUCUGCUGCAACAACAGGUGCCCUCUGUGGGCAUCGUCCCGGGACAGGGGGUGUCGACAGGUCCCACGGCUGACCCGGAGAAGCGCAAACUGAUCCAACAGCAGCUGGUUCUGCUGCUUCACGCCCACAAGUGCCAGCGGCGCGAGCAGGCCAACGGCGAGAUGCGCGCCUGUGCCUUGCCCCACUGCCGCACCAUGAAGAACGUCCUCAAUCACAUGACCCACUGCCAGGCUGGCAAAUCCUGCCAAGUUGCACACUGCGCCUCGUCUAGACAGAUCAUCUCGCACUGGAAGAACUGCACCCGUCACGACUGUCCCGUCUGUCUGCCUCUGAAAAACGCCAGUGACAAGAGGAACCAACAGCCAAUGCUGAGCUCCCCUAACACUGGCAUGCAGGCUCCUCUGGGCCCCGUUGGCACCAGUCAACCUGCAGUGCCCGCCAUCAGCAGCGGCACACAUAUAGACCCCAGCUCCAUGCAGAGGGCUUAUGCAGCUCUGGGCCUCCCUUACGGGAACCCGUCAACUACGCAGACACAGGUUGCAGGACAGCAGCCCACGCAGACCCAGCUGCAGCUGCGCACCUUGAAUACAUUAGGCACUAACCAGAUGAGCAUGGGCGGUAACGGUCUGGGCGAUCAGACGAAUCUUCACACUGAUUCCUCUCUCCCCUCAUCCCUCAACAGCAAUCUGAUGAUGCCAGACGGGUCAAGUAUGGGCAGCACAGGGAACUUGCCCACUGCGGCGCCGCUGUCCAUGCCCGGCAUGAAGAAGCCCUGGCACGAACAUGUCACUCAGGACCUGAGGAACCAUCUAGUGCACAAGCUAGUUCAAGCCAUAUUCCCCACACCAGACCCUGCAGCACUGAAGGACAGACGCAUGGAGAACCUGGUCGCUUAUGCCCGUAAGGUUGAAGGGGACAUGUACGAGUCUGCCAACAGCAGGGAUGAGUAUUACCACUUCCUGGCUGAGAAGAUCUAUAAGAUUCAGAAGGAGCUGGAGGAGAAGAGGAAGUCCAGGCUGUCAAAGCCGCCCAUGGGUCCUCAGGGUCCUCAGCAGCCUGGCCUUCCACAGCCUAACGCUAUGGGACCCACACAAGCCAUCCGGCCACCAAAUGGACCUGUUCCCAUGUCCAAUGUGCCAAAUUCAUUGAUGGCCCACAUGCAAGUCCCUCAAGGGAUGGGUCAAUUCAACCCUGUGACGAUGCAGAAUGUGCAGAUGAACCAGUCUCCACGAGCUGCGUCCCCAAUGACCCACCCCAAUCAGAUGGGCAUGGGCACAGUUUCAGCGAUGAGUAUGUCUCCCUCCAGAAUGCCACAAGCACAAGGCAUGAUGGGAGGUCAUGCUAACAACAUGGUGGGCCAGACGACAAAUCAGAACCAGUUCAUGAACCAGACAGCAUUCCCAGCCUCAGCCGGAGGCAUGAAUGUAAACCUGUCCCAGCAGUCAGGACAAGGUGUUGUACAGCAGCAACCAAACGCUAACCUGACCCUGAAUGCUGUGGCCUCCCUGGGCCCUCAGUCUGCUCUGUGCUCCACCCCUCCUCCACCCUCUGCUUCCACCCCAGCAGCUGCUGCUAACCUACAGGCACUCCAGGCUCAGCCCUCCACACCGGUCUCCGCUGGUGGACAGUCCACACCUACCCACAUCCCAAGCGGCUUACCCCGCACUCCCUCUGCCCUGGGCUCCUCCCCUGCCCCUUCCCAGCCGGUCACGCCCCUGCAUUCCCAGCCUGAGCCCCCCAUGCAGAUGCAGCAGCCCACCUCUGUGCAAGCCCAGCAGCCCAGCACUCCGCUCUCUCAGAUGGCCGCUAGCAUUGAUAACAGGGUUCCCACACCUGCGUCUGUGGCUGAGACCCACCCUCAGCAAGCGCUGCCCGACUACACUAGUGCUGAUCCCAAAUCUGAGCAUCAAGAAGACGAGCAGGAAUUUGAGUCUGGGAAAAAACAGCCUAAUAUCAAAAUGGAGUUACAGGAUGAUGAUGAUGUCAAACCUCCACAAGUGAAGGAGCACCCAGAGGCUGUAGAACCUAAACAAGAACCGAUGGAGACCGAGGAGAAGAAACCAGAGACAAAGACCGAGCCGAAAGAGGAGGAAGUGUCCGGCACCAACAGCACAACGCCAGCCGGUCAAUCCGCCCAGUCACGAAAGAAAAUAUUUAAACCAGAGGAGCUCAGACAGGCGUUGAUGCCCACAUUAGAAGCUCUGUAUCGGCAAGACCCAGAGUCCCUGCCCUUCCGACAGCCUGUGGACCCCACUCUACUGGGCAUCCCGGAUUACUUCGACAUCGUGAAGAACCCCAUUGACCUGUCCACCAUCAAGAGGAAGUUGGACACUGGUCAGUACCAGGAGCCCUGGCAGUACGUGGACGACAUCUGGCUCAUGUUCAACAAUGCAUGGCUCUACAACCGCAAAACAUCUCGCGUUUACAAGUACUGCUCAAAGCUGGCUGAGGUGUUUGAGCUGGAGAUUGACCCCGUCAUGCAGGGUCUGGGUUACUGCUGUGGACGCAAGUAUGAGUUUUCACCUCAGACUCUUUGCUGCUAUGGCAAACAGCUUUGCACAAUCUCCAGAGACGGCACAUACUUCAGCUACCAAAACAGUUCACCCAAAUAUGGCCUUGUUGCCGACAGGUAUCACUUCUGCGAAAAGUGCUUCAACGAGAUCCAGGGCGACAGCGUCACCCUGGGAGAUGACCCGGCACAGCCGCAGACUAUGAUAUCUAAGGAGCAGUUUGAGAAGAAGAAAAAUGACAUGCUGGACCCUGAACCUUUUGUUGAAUGUAAAGACUGUGGCCGUAAGAUGCAUCAGAUCUGUGUGCUGCAUUAUGACGUCAUCUGGCCAUCGGGUUUCAUCUGUGACAACUGUCUGAAAAAGUCUGGCAAAACAAGAAAGGAGAACAAAUUCUGUGCUAAAAGGUUACAGAGCACCAGACUGGGCUCGUACAUUGAAGACCGUGUAAAUAAGUACUUGAAAAGGCAGAAUCACCCAGAGGCUGGAGAGGUGUUUGUGCGGGUGGUCGCAAGCUCGGAAAAGAAUGUAGAGAUUAAACCUGGGAUGAAAUCCAGGUUUGUUGACUCGGGAGAGAUGUCAGAGACCUUUCCCUACAGAACCAAAGCACUUUUUGCAUUUGAGGAAAUUGAUGGAGUGGAUGUGUGUUUCUUUGGAAUGCAUGUCCAGGAAUAUGGAUCCGAAUGUCCCUUUCCUAACACCAGACGGGUAUACAUAUCAUAUCUCGACAGUAUUCACUUCUUCAAGCCUCGGUUGCUAAGGACUGCAGUUUACCAUGAAAUUCUCAUUGGUUAUUUGGAAUAUGUUAAGAAACUUGGAUAUGUGAUGGGUCAUAUUUGGGCCUGCCCACCCAGUGAAGGGGAUGACUACAUCUUCCACUGUCAUCCUCCUGAUCAGAAGAUCCCCAAGCCUAAGAGACUCCAGGAGUGGUACCGCAAAAUGCUAGACAAGGCCUUUGCAGAACGAAUCAUCCAUGACUAUAAGGACAUAUUUAAGCAGGCCACAGAGGACCGGCUGACAAGUGCCUACGAGCUGCCCUAUUUCGAGGGUGAUUUUUGGCCCAAUGUUCUGGAGGAGAGCAUCAAGGAGCUGGAACAGGAAGAGGAGGAAAGGAAAAAAGAGGAGAAUACGGCCUCUUUUGAGACCAUAGAGGGAGCUCAAGCCGACAGCAAGAACGCCAAAAAGAAGAACAAUAAAAAGACCAACAAAAACAAGAGCAGCAUGAGCCGCACCAACAAAAAGAAGCCUGGGAUGCCGAAUGUAGCUAAUGAUCUGUCCCAGAAGCUUUAUGCAACAAUGGAGAAGCACAAAGAGGUAUUCUUCGUGAUUCACCUGCAUGCUGGUCCAGUGGUCAACACCCUUCAUUCGAUCAUGGACUCUGACCCACUGCUGACCUGUGAUCUGAUGGAUGGACGUGAUGCCUUCCUGACACUUGCCAGGGACAAGCACUGGGAGUUCAGUUCCCUACGCCGCUGUAAAUGGAGCACUAUGUGCAUGCUGGUGGAGCUACACAAUCAGGGCCAAGACCGAUUUGUGUACACCUGCAACGAGUGCAAGCACCAUGUAGAGACACGCUGGCAUUGCACCGUCUGUGAUGACUUUGAUCUAUGCAUUAACUGCUACAAUGCCAAGGGCCAUGAGCACAAAAUGUUAAAGUGGGGUUUGGGCCUGGACGACGACAGCAACAACCAGGGCGGCGAGGCCAACAAGAGCCCACAGGAAAGUCGACGCCUCAGCAUCCAACGCUGCAUCCAAUCUCUGGUGCACGCCUGCCAAUGCCGCAACGCAAAUUGCUCACUUCCAUCCUGCCAGAAGAUGAAGCGUGUGGUGCAGCACACCAAGGGCUGCAAGCGCAAGACCAAUGGAGGCUGCCCCGUCUGCAAGCAGCUCAUCGCAUUGUGCUGCUACCACGCCAAGCACUGCCAGGAGAACAAGUGCCCUGUGCCCUUCUGUCUCAAUAUCAAGCACAAGUUGCGGCAGCAGCAGAUUCAGCAGCGGCUGCAGCAGGCGCAGAUGAUGCGACGACGUAUGGCGCUAAUGCAGUGCAGAGGAAUGCCUCAAAGUCUACCCUCCCCAACUACCUCAGGAGGUCCCGGGACACCCAACUCUCAGCAGCUGCAGCAGCCUAAUACAACUCCGACCGCGCAGACAUUAGCCAACCAGCCGCAGCAGACACAUCAGAAUGUGGCAGGAAUGGUGCAAGCUUUCCCCAGCCAAACCUCUACACCAGGUUCCCAGGGUAAAACAGGACAGCAGUCCUCACCUCUGCCCCAGCAGCAGUCACCCCUGCCCAUGCCCCCUCAACAACAGCCACAGCCCUCGCCACAGCAACACCAGCAGCAGGCUGCAAUGACUGUUGCAAGACAAAUGAUGACCAAAGUUAAGCAGCAGCAGCAGCAGCAGCAACAACAACAGCAACAACAACAGCAGCAACAACAGCAGCAACAACAGCAGCAACAACAACAGCAACAACAACAACAACAACCGCCACCACAGCAAGAUUACAGAAUGAAUAUGAAUGGCAUGCCGAUGAAUCAACCUCGCAUGAUGGCUCCCAUCCCAAUGGGACCACGAGGUCCUCCGAUGGUUCAGAACAUUCAGCCCGGCCAGUGGACACCUGGCAUGCAAGGGCAAAUGCAGAAUCCGCAGGCACCUCCAUUGCAGCAAGUGCCCCAACCGCAGAUGGCAAUGGCUCCUCAGCAGCCCCAGGUAACGCAGACACCCCAACAACCCCCCAUGAUGCAUCAGCCACGGCAUAUUCAGGGUGCCAUGCCUCCACAGCAGAUCCCUCAACAGGCCCCUACGCAAGUCAUGCAGCAAAGAGGGGUGGCCAGCAGUAUCGCGCCUGGAGCGCUUCAGGACCUGCUGCGCACCUUAAAGUCACCAAGUUCUCCGCAGCAGCAACAGCAGGUCCUCAAUAUCCUCAAGUCAAACCCCCAUCUCAUGGCGGCAUUCAUCAAACAGCGGACGGCGAAAUACCAGGCCAGCCAGCCUCAGCAACUGCAGCAGAACCCACAGGCCAUGCUCGCAGGUCAGCCGGGACUGCAGAACAUGGCCGCCAUGCGGGCUGGCGCUGUGCAGCGACCUGGCAUGCCGCCUCAGCAACCUCAGCCCGCCGCUACUCAGGCCAUGGCUAACCUUGGACCCCAGGGACAAAUGAUGAACGCCGCGCACAACGGUAACCAGCAGUUGUUUCGCCGGCAGCUCAUGCGACAGAUGCAACCAGGCAUGACUCCAGGACAAGGGAGAUUCCCGCAACCUCAAGGAGCGGCAAGUUACUCGCAACUCCGCAUGCAGCAACAGAUGGCCAUGCAAGGAAGCGCUGGGCCCAUGGGUCAGAUGGCGCCGAUGGGCCAGCCUGUCAUGAGCAUGGACACCCAGCAGAAUAUGCUGCAGCAGCGCAUGCUGCAGCAGCAACAACAACAACAGCAGCAGCAGCAAAUGCUAAAGCAGCAGAUGGGCUCGCCGGCACAAGCCGCUUCCAUGAGCCCGCAACCCCACAUGCUUGCAGGACAGCCUCAGGGAGCUCACCUGCCCGGACAGGCCAUGGCCAACACGUUGGGCAACCAAGUGAGGUCACCUGCUCCUGUGCAAUCACCCCGUCCCUCUUCCCAACAGCCACCACAUUCCAGCCCAUCCCCGCGCAUGCAGCCUCAACCCUCCCCACAGCACGUCGCCAUGCACUCUGGCUCCUCCCACCCCGGCCUGGCGGGGCCCAUGUCAGGUCCCAUGGACCAGGCACACCUGUGCACACCCGAACAGAGCGCAAUGCUUCCACAGCUGAACACGCCAAAUCGUGGAGGGCUGACUAACGACUUGAGUAUGUUUGGCGACACCACGGGAGACACAUUAGAAAAGUUUGUAGAGGGAUUGUAGCAUUAAGAGACAUUUUAGGAGAAUGGUUUGCGUUUUCUACUCAAGUUGUACUUAAAUAAGAACUCGACCUGAAGACGACUAAAUAAUGGAUUGUAAGAGGUUUACACAACUAAUGGACCGCUUUUUCUUCCCUAAUGGGUGGAUUGAAAUUACUGUUUAAAGAGCAGAAUCACAAAGGGUUGUUUCUGGGAGGGAUCCUGUUCAGUCCUGGUCUGUGUUACUUUUUAAUUAUUUCUAUUUAGUUUUUCCUGGGGAGGGGGGGUUAUUUUGAGCGAUGGACUUUUUAAUGGAAUUUCUCAAGGCAAAAUAUUUGAUUUUAUUAUUGAAGACUUUCAUUUUGUAUGUUUUCAAACUGAGAUGCGCUCUUUUGUGUGUGUUUAGGGACUGUAAGAUAAGUGGUGUGGAAUUUGGAUCCAGAGAAAUCCUCAUUCCCAGCUGAUACGUAUUCACAUUACAAGGUUUGGAAAAGGACACGCAGCCCUUUUCUCUAAACCGUGGAGUUUGUACAGAGGACCUGUGUUCAUUUGUACAGAAAGGAGCUUGGUUACUGCUCUCACACAGACACGAACACACAAGAGCAAAUUGUGAAAAUUGCUCUUUAUUUUUCAAGGUGCCCAAAUGUGUUUAAUUUAUUGGCCUGGAUUCUGUAGUUGUUGCUUAAGGUGUAGGAAAUAUGUUCCUCUUGUUUUCUCUGAUCUCUGAAACAUCAAUGAAGUCUCCACUUCACGGAUGAGGGCGGAGCUUCGUCUGACUGCUGAUUUGUUCAAAGAGUUCUUCGGUUUUUUUCUCCUCCAUGAAACUUGAAUUGAAGGUGAACGAUUCUUUAAUGUAAAUCAUGCAGCUUGAUGACCGUGUAAAUAAAAGCAAAAAAGAUUGAGAUCGCUGUAUAAACUGGUUAAGAUUAAGAACUUGUUUCGUACUUAUAUACCAUAUUGUUAAAUAAACUGUGUGCAAC